GGCGCCGGUCCAGGAAGUGGCAUGCGAAGGAAGAGGACAGGGAUUCAAAAAUGUCCUCAAUUCGGGAAAUAUUGCGGUUAAUUAUAUAAAUGCUUAGACGUGGUUGUAUAAGAAGGACAUGUCUCCAAUUAGAGGUUGUUCUGGCUUUUAAAUAAUUAAAAUAAGUGAAUAAUUUCGCUCUUAUGUUUCUGGUUCGCGUGUAACAGGGACUGUUUAUCUCUGCUGAAAUACAGCUGAUCCUUUUGACUUUAUUGAAGCACUCAGGAGUUGUAAGAUGAGUUGUGUUGGUCACUUCAUGUACAGUAGGUGUUUGUUUCACCUCAGUAAAGUGAAAACAUCGGUGCCCUGGAGAGGCAGCCAAAAAAGACUGUUUAGCUCUACAGAAACCUGCAGGACUGUCAUGCCUGCCUGGGUUAUAGAUAAAUAUGGAGGCAAUGAUGUGCUAAGAUUCACUAAAAAUGCCAGCUUCCCCAUAAUCAACUACCCCAAUGAGGUCAUAGUCAAAGUGUCUGCAGCAGGACUGAACCCACUGGACGUCAGCAUGAGAGGUGGUUAUGGCGCUGCGACACUGACUAUGAAGAGAGACCCUCUGAACAUCAAACAGUCCGGCAGUGAGUUUCCUCUCAUCCUGGGUCGGGACGUUUCUGGGGUCAUCAUGGAGUGUGGCCUGGAUGUGAAGUACUUCAGAGAAAGGGAUGAGGUGUGGGCUGCUAUUCCACCGUGGAAGCAGGGCAGCCUGUCGGAGUUUGUGGUGCUGAGUGCUAACGAGGUGUCCCUCAAACCACAGUCUCUGAGCCAUACCGAGGCAGCCUCCAUCCCCUACGUGGCCACCACCGCCUGGUCCGCACUCGUUAACACCGGCGGGCUCAGCAAGGACAACUGUGCCAAGAAACGGAUUCUGAUCCUCGGAGGAUCCGGGGGAGUGGGAACAUUUGCUAUACAGAUGCUGAAGGCCUGGGGAGCCCAUUUAACUGUUACCUGCUCCCAGAAUGCCGAGCGGUUCGUUCGGGGCCUAGGGGCGGACCAUGUGGUGGAUUACACUGCUGGACCUGUGGAGGAGCCGCUCAGAGCUCUAGAGAAAUUCGACCUGAUCCUGGAUAACGUCGGCGGGGACACGGAGCGCUGGGCGCUGAAUCUGCUGAAGCCGUGGAGCGGAGCCAAAUAUGUCACCCUUGUUACACCGUUCCUGCAGAACACAGACAUGCUGGGCAUCGCUGACGGCAUGCUGCAGACUGCUGCAACUAUGGCCACCAAAGCUGUCAAGCACCUCGUCAGAGGAGUUCACUACCGCUGGGGAUUCUUUGCACCCAGCGGUCCUGCACUGGAUGAAAUAAGGGCGAUGGUGGAUGCAGGACAGAUCCGGGCUGUGCUGGAUGAGACCUUCAGCUUCUCGCAGGUCCCUCAGGCCUUGGAGAAAGUGGAGAAGGGUCACGCUCGAGGAAAGACUGUGGUCCAGAUCAGCAAAGGAGGAGGCGACUUAUAGCACUGACUCUAUGAGAGACAUUUUUGAAAUGAACUCAAUGAAACAAAGACUAGAAUUUAAAGGUAUGCGGUUUGGAAACAAAGUACAAAUUUACUAUAAUCACUGUGUGUGUUUCUUUGUCUAUGGGUUUUGUUGCUUUACUGAGCGUGUCAUAAGAAGAUAAUACUUAAGAACUACAAUAAUUAAGAACUACAGAUGUGCGUGGUUGCUUAUAAUUACUCAGUCUUUUUAUAGUUGUUAAGAUAAAGUAAAGUAAAAAACAGUAAACAUAUGAGGUCUGUCAAGGUAAUAUAACUGAAAAAAAAUGGGUUUGGACAAGAACCAACCUCAGGUGUGAGAAAGGAAGUCAAUGCUGUGGUGCAGAAAACUGCAGUUCCUUGAGUGUCCACAUGAGGCUGAGUCUAAAGCCCCAGCUGUCCUAUUAGGCCCAUAUUCAAAUGUCCACUUCACAGCAGGAAUUAACAUGUUUACAGAUAGGUUGUAAAAAACUAAUUUGCUACACAAAAGCUAAUUUCUUUAUCGGUUCACACUGCAGGAGGGAAGAUUUGUUUAAAGCUUAUCUGUUUUGAUUUGAUAAUCCUAAGAGUCAGGCAGAUUAUGGGCUUUACUGAGUUGAGGAACCAGUGGACACAUUGUAGCUCUUUACCCAUGCCUUGCCAAGAGGCGUACCUCAACCUCUUGGCUUGUUUCUAGAUUGAAGAAAAGGUAGGUUGAGGUAGCAUUUGAAACAAGGCGUGCACAAUGGUUUCGGGCAAUGUUCAUUCUGUCUUUUCCCACAAAAACGUCAAGGCAGUUAUAGGUACACAGAGUUUAAAAUAAAGCAGCCUAAUACACAAAA